GUGUGAAAAAGCUAAGAGGGGGAAGCUUCCAAGAAAAAAACGCCAACUACAAAUUAUAUAGGGGGUUUUAUAUAAUUAUCCUCGUGGAAAGGAGAGUGCCAAAGUAAAAAAUGGUUAACCGCAACUAGGGCUUUUUAUAUUAGCUUCGUAGAAAGGAAAGUUGAAAAAUGAAGUGCAACCACAUUCAUAUUAGUGUUAGUAACUAGCAUGAUAUCAUGAUCCAAGCAACCAACUGCAUCCACAGCAUCAAUUCCCAAACCUUGUACUUCUUCACUUUUUCUGUAUCCAGAAACACUUGACCUUGUCUUAUAUACAACUUCACUGCUUCAAAGUAACACUAAUACUAAUAGUCACACAUUCAUUCUCAACAAGUUUGCUUCCACUUUUGUAACUACAAUGGCUUCUAACAGCAUCAUUCAAUGCAUCCCUUCUUCCUCUCACGUAAUGAGGACAUAUGAUGUGUUUGUGAGCUUCCGGGGUGAAGACACUCCCAACAACUUCACUGGUUUUCUUUUUAAUGCUCUUCGAAAAAAAGGCAUUGAUGCCUUCAGAGAUGAUACAGAUAUCAAGAAAGGCGAAUCCAUAGCACCUGAGCUGCUACAAGCGAUCGAAGGCUCUCGCAUUUUCGUUGUUGUCUUCUCAAAGAGCUAUGCUUCCUCAACAUGGUGCUUGUGUGAACUAGCAAAGAUCUGCAAGUACAUUGACACAUCAGAAAGACAUGUUCUGCCUGUUUUUUAUGAUGUUGAUCCAUCAGAGGUGGGAAAACAAAGUGGAUAUUAUGAGAAGGCCUUUGCUGAACAUGAAGAAACAUUUGGAGAAGAUAAAGAGAAGAUAGAAGAAGUACCAGGAUGGAGAGAAGCUCUAACAAGAGUCACAAAUCUCUCUGGCUGGGAUAUUGGAAAUAAGCCACAAUAUGCGAAGGUUGAAGAAAUUGUUAAAAAGAUAACAAAUAUAUUGGGUCUCAAAUUUUCAAGUCUUCCAAAUGCUCUUCUAGUUGGGAUGAAAUCUCCUGUUGAAGAAUUAACAAAGCUUUUACGUUUUGAGUCAGUUAAUGAUGUUCAACUUGUUGGAAUUAGUGGGAUAGGUGGAAUAGGAAAGACAACACUUGCCCGAGCUUUGUACAAGAGAAUCACUCAUCAAUAUAAUUUUCGUUGUUUUAUUGAUGAUGGGUGAUUCGUAUGCAUGACUUGUUGAAAGAUUUGGACAGAUGUAUUGUUCGAGAAAAAUCACCCAAGGAGCCAAUAAAGUAGAGUAGGUUGUGGGAUUUCCUCGAUCUCCACAAAGUUAUGUCGGACAAUAUGGCAGCAGAAAAUCUUGAAGCCAUCCAUCUUGGACACAAAGACCAUGACUUUCCUCAAACAAAAAUGAGGGCCAAUGCUCUAUCAAACAUGAAUCUAAGUUGCUUGUACUUUGGGGUGGAGAUUUUUCAAGAAGUCUCAAUUAUCUUUCCAACGAAUUAGGAUAUCUUCAUUGAAAAAAAUAUCCUUUUGAAUUUUUACCACCAAGUUUUCAGUUGGACAAACUUGUUGAGUUGUAUAUACCUCUGAGCAACAUCAAACAACUAUGGAAAGAUAUAAAGCCUCUACACAAUUUGAGACGUUUGGAUCUCUCUUUCUCCAAAAAUCUAAUUAAGGUGCCAAAUUUUGGAGAGACCCUAAAUCUUGAAGGAUGUAUACAACUCAAGCAGAUCGAUCCAUCCAUUGGUCUUCUAAAAAAGCUUACUGUUUUGAAUUGUAAAGAUGCAAAAAUCUAGUAAGCUUACCCAACAGCAUAUUGAAUUUCUGAGGCCUUUCGGCUGUUCAAGACUGUAUAAUAUCCAAUUAUUAGAUGAACCAAGGGAUGAAGAGCAUUUGAAGAAGCUUUGUAUGGGUGAAGCUCCUAUUCAUUCCCUAUCAAUAUCUUCCAUGGGCAAAAGGUACAGAUAGCAUCUUGCAGCUAGAAGGACAUAAAUUAAAAAUGAGAAAUCAACACCAGAUUCAUACCUGUAAGGCACAUGACACCUCUUUCUCUUCAAAGCAGCAACAACAUCACCUAAAGCUGAAAGGGAA